CCUUUCCAAGUCCGAUUUGGCUGGUGAGACGAGUAAAGUCCUAGUUAAAUUAAAAAACUAUUCAUGAGAGCCUGAUAUCUAACUCACGACUGCCUGGCGUGAUACUCUGCUGACGUUCAUUUCUCCUUCGUGGUAGAGACCAACUAGCUCUGACCAGUCUACCCACAAAAAUCUAAAAAUGGCGAAAAUCGAAGAAAUAUCUGACGAUAAAAUUGAGAAUAUCGACGAAAUUAUUCAAAAGUCUAAUAUAAAAGAUAAAUUAGAUAGCCACCCCGAUGAUGAUCUCGAAAUAGGUGAAGUCUUUGCCGCCAUUCUCUAUAUUAUACCCUUUAGCUUCCUAUAUCUUCUCAUGGACCUCCUCGUCUCAGCUCAGUACAACCAGUGGCCAUCAUUCAAGGAAGAGGCGAUUCAGAUGGCAAAAGCAAUUCCUUUGAUCUCUCUAAUCAUCUUCUACUCCAAUAGAUAUGCCAACAAAUUUUGGAUGCAAAUUAUAUAUUUAUUAUCUUCAAUAGCUUUGGGUAUUAGUCUCAUAAAACUCAUAAAUGACGCACCAAGCUAUCAAAUCAUAAAGAGAGCACCAUCUAUUGGCAUGUUAUGGGUUUAUACCGUCGUCCAAGCAAAAUUAUCAUACGCCGUCAUCAGUUGCAUUAUCAUAGCAGUUUGGGUUAAACAAUCCGAUGAAAAAAUUAUGUAUUAAUCUAAUUUAUUUUGGCUGCGAUGCCUUUGGUAAAAACCACAUGAAUGCUUGUAAUAAUUUGAAUCCUGCCACUACGGCCAACCCUCCUCUUAAAUUCGUUUUAGCGUAGAGGAACAUCUCACCCACACCUGCACCAAUGCACAGUGAAACAAUACCAAUCAUUCUGGUAUCUCUUGCUGCUGACCGCAACUUAAAAAUGUUUGGAUCGCUUGCAAUUUGACUCAAUGUUGCUGUGAACGCAACAGUUGUAGCAAAUGCAGGCGAAGUUAGCUUCUGUGAAGCACCACUUUGCAUACCCAUAGACCAGGCUGCUAAAGCCAAUACAGCUGGGAAAUACCGAAACGUAGGCAGUUCAUCCUCCGGUCUCGUGAGUAAAAUUGCCGAGGCACCCCAGAGGAAACAACUCUGUAUGACGGAACUAAUGAAUAAAGACUUUCUCGUACGACCGCCAAAGUAAUUUGCCAACCUCGCGCUCAUAAAUGAUCCUAGAAAGAAAGCGCAUAUUGAUAUGACCCUCUCGAGUGUGAGUAACGGUUCCCUUAUAUAAUCAGGGAGCAUAUAUUGAGCGAUAUUACCGGAGAACUGAACCAUAUUACCAGUCUGAAAACCAACCCAGACCUGACUUCUAGAAUAGAGAAUCAGAUCAAUAAAACCCGUGAGAAACGAUUGCCACGCCAAUGGUAUAGUGGAGUUGUUGUGUUCUACUUCUUCAUUCAGG